AUCAAAAUUAGUAAAGCUUUUAAGAGCGCGGUGGAAAGACGUCUGUGACAUUUGAGAAAUUGCAUUUAUUCGAUAUUCCAGUGCUAUCCGGUGAUCAAAAUGGAAUUAAAUUUUCUAACAACUCUUAUAAAGCAUGAUGUGAAUCAUAAUGUGAAACAGUGCUUUAAAUCUAAGAAGAAUUUCAUUAGCAGGAAAGAGGAAGUAAUGGCAAUCAAAAGCAAAUUUCCAACAAAAAUACCGCUCAUCGUGGAGAGAUAUCACAAGGAAAGAAACCUUCCAACGCUAGACAAAACCAAAUUUCUUGUGCCCGAAGAUAUAACAAUGUCUCAAUUCCUAGUUAUAAUUCGCAACAGGAUUAAAAUUAAACCCAAUCAGGCGCUGUACCUCAUAAUCAACAACAGGUCAAUGCUAAGCAUGAGUCUCACUAUGGCACAAGCCUAUGAAAUGUACGGGGAUGAAGACGGUUUCCUUUACAUCACAUACGCAUCACAAGAAGUAUUUGGAUACCAGGACGAUAUGACGGGAUCAAACAAGGAAGUUCAAGUCAUAAGGGAUAGAUUUCCAAACAAAAUUCCGUUGUAUGUGGAGAGGUACGCCCGAGAACGAGAAGUUCCGAUAUUAGGAAGAAACAAGUUCCUAGUCCCACAAGAGCUUACGAUGUCCCAAUUCCUCUAUAUCAUCAGAACAAAGAUGAAAUUGAGGGACUCACAGGCUCUGUACUUGCUGGUGAACGAAAAAGCGUUGCUUAGCCACAGUAUGACGAUGGCUCAAGCUUACGACCAAUUCCGCAGCGAAGAUGGCUUCUUGCACAUAACAUACGCCGCACAACAGGUUUUCGGAUGAGAGUAUUCUAUUUCAUAAUUGGGCGUCGUCAAGCUUAAAAGCAAGUUUAUCAACAUCUAAUAUAAAGACUGAUAGUAUUUAACGAUUUUAAAAUUGUGAUACAAGUAGCUUAAGUUUUAAAUUAUAACCAAUUUUAGUAAUUAAUGUGUACGUGUAUAAUGUAAUGGCAGGUCCUAAUGUUAAAAUACUUAUUACAUAUAAUCAUGUUUUUAGAUCUGAUAUUUUAUAAUUGUAUGUGUUAUUUUUGAUCCAGCGAUGUAAGAAAUAGAUUUUUAUCAAAAAGUUAGAGCUAUUUUUUAUGUCGUUGCUAUUUUGCUCAUAAUUUUGUUUUCGGAUUUUAAUAAAUGCUUUAUAAAAUGAAUUUAAUUGUUAUGAUCUCAAAAAUGUAUGAUGUUCGUAAUAGCAAACUUCCAGUUAUAUUUCUUAAUAUUUGACAUUUAAUUGCUAAUUAUAGGUUUAACAAUGUUUAAAAAUAUGAAUAUAAGAAUCUAGAUGUAA